AUGGACAAAGACAAGAAGUUACAGCUGAAGCGCUUCGAGAGAAGCAUGGACCGAAUUAAAAGAAACGAUUGGUCGCUGAAACAUAUCGACAAACCAUGCACACCAAAACCACAGUACACCGGAGACAUUGAUAUUCACAAGUUCAGCAGAGACUGUAUAGUAAGAGAUGUUCACUGCCAUCAACCAUUGAGACACUCUUUUACUUUCGACAAGACUGAACCUGUUAUCCCAGCCCACACCAAACAACUUAGAAACUAUGACAGACAGAGACUUUGCGAUGAGAUCAAUCAGAAGAGAGUAGAGUAA